UUCUCCGGCGUAUAUACCAAAGAGUCGUUGUGGAAGCGCUUCGUCCGCUCGCUGGUAUUCAUCAUGCUGCCACAGGUCUUAUGGACUACGCUCGUCAUGUCAGGAACGAUUGGCUUUCUCGUCGCCAUUACAUCCAACUUCGCCCCAGCCUUCGAAGCAGCGUACGGCUUCAAGCCAUGGCGGUCUGGAAUCUGCUUCAUCGCGGCCCUGAUCGGAGCUUUCAUCGGCAUUUUCGCAGGGGGCCACUUCUCUGACUGGAUCGCCGACAGACAAACACAGCGCAACGGAGGCGUUUGUGAGCCCGAAAUGCGCUUACCCGCCGUUCUCGUCAGCGUCGUCACAGCGCCUCUUGCCCUCGUCCUGUACGGCGUGGGCAUUCAACACAAGCUGCACUGGAUGUGUCCGAUAAUUGCGCUCGCACUGAUCAACUUCUCCAUAGUCCAAGCGACCAAUUUCUCGCUCGUGUACACGGUCGACUGCUACCGACCCGUAGCCGGCGAGAUUGUCGUCACGCAGAUGGCAUGGAGGUCUGUAUUCGGCUUCCUGUUGUCUUUCUACACCAACCCAUGGGUAAACAAGUCGGGAUACCUCAACGCCUACGGCGCCAUGGCGGGGAUUUCCGGCGGCCUCAUCAUUCUGGGAGUGCCGUUCUUCAUCUGGGGUGCGAGAAUCAGGAGCGCGACGUGGAACUGGGGUGUCUUUCGCAAGUUGGUGCAUUGGGACGCGGAUCGCGAGGUUGGUGAGUGA